CUUCACGUGUUUUGGUCAGGAGAGGAUCCUCAGUGUUCAGUCCUCAGAGUUGAGUCGCACAGCGGAAGUGUUGCAGUUUGAGGAGCACCGGGUGUGAGUGGGACUCUUCAGCGGGGACUCAGGCGGCAUCAUGUGGGCUCGGGGGCUGGUCGGGGUCGGGGGCUCGGGGCUCGCGUUGCGGGUUUCACGGGACGAUUUGCUGCGGGUCGCCGGGCUUGGAUGUGCGGGGAGGAGGCAGCAGCAGAGACCGGCGUCCAGUGCAGAGGCGACCUGGAAGAAGACUCAGCUGUUUGACUUCCACAGAGAACAUGGGGGGAAGAUGGUGGAGUUUGCAGGCUGGAGUAUGCCUGUCCAGUACAAAGACAGCCACAUCGCCUCACACAUGCACACCAGAGAGCACUGCUCCAUCUUCGACGUCAGCCACAUGCUGCAGACCAAAGUCCAUGGCAAAGACAGAGUGAAGUUCAUGGAGUCUCUGGUGGUUGCAGAUGUUGCAGAACUUAAGGACAACCAGGGGACGUUGUCCCUCCUCACCACUGAGAAAGGGGGGAUCAUUGAUGACCUCAUAGUGACAAGGACAGACCUGGGCUACCUCUACGUCGUCUCCAACGCUGGCUGUGCCGACAAGGACUCAGCUCAUAUGAAGACCAGACUGGCAGAGUUCAAAGCUGCGGGUCUUGAUGUGGAUCUGGAGUUUCUUGAUGAGGCACUGAUUGCUGUGCAGGGCCCGUCCAUGUCUCGGGUGCUGCAGGAGGGGCUGAAGGAGGACCUCAGUAAACUCACCUUCAUGACCUCCGCCCUGGCCACUGUGUUUGGUGUUCCUGGCUGCAGGGUCACUCGCUGUGGAUACACUGGAGAGGACGGAGUGGAGAUCUCCGUCCCUCAGUCCAGAGUGGUGGAGCUGACGGAGAAGCUGCUGGCGAACAGCGAGGUGAAGCUGGCUGGUCUGGGCGCCAGGGACAGUUUGAGGCUUGAAGCCGGGCUUUGUCUCUAUGGCAACGACAUCGAUGAGACUACCACACCUGUGGAGGCCACCCUGGUCUGGACCAUAGGAAAACGUCGACGACAGACGAAGGAUUUCCCUGGUGCUGACAUCAUCGUACCCCAGAUCAAAGCCAAGACGGCCAGGAAGAGAGUCGGUCUGGUGUCCACCGGCCCGCCUGUCAGGCAGCACACACCCAUCCUCAGCCCUGACGGGAAGGUCAUAGGUGAGGUGACCAGUGGCUGCCCCUCUCCCUGCCUGAAAAAGAACGUUGCCAUGGGUUACGUGGAUGCUGCAUUCGCUAAGAACGGAACAAACAUCCAGGUCGAGGUCAGGAAGAAAGCAGUGCCGGCCACCGUCAGCAAGAUGCCAUUUGUCCCCACUAACUACUACUCAGGAUAGGAGGAACAUGUACAUAGACACACACACACACAUAGACACACACUGGAGCAUUACUCCACUCUGUCCCUUGUUAAGAAAUGCUGCCCCCUUCUGAUUACCUCCAGAAAUGCAGCACCAAUGGAAGACUGGAAAAAGUUGAUUCUCAAACUGUAAUGAAAUACAGUGUUUGUGUAUGUGUGUACUGGUCUAAUGAGACUGUCACUCGACAUACAGUCAGUCAGUAUUCUACAUGUGCUUUUUGAAGAAACACAGUGUACACUAACAUGGUUUCACUUGCUGAUGGUUGGGUAGUGAGCUGUGAACAGUUUAUACAUGAGAUGCGUGGAAUAAAUUAGUCUGAGAAUGAAUGUAUGACCACAGUGUACAUGUGAACAGAUGCUCUGUAAACGUGCUUCAUAUACCAAGUUCAACACCAAGUAUUAAUACAACCUUUUGUUGUAGAAUAUAGGUUUUUCUAAUGAAUUAUGAAGCAAUUUGUAUCUGUCAAUGCUGGACCAAAAGAAAAAGAAAAUCAAAACGUUUUUUUUAUACAUUAAAUCAGCAUUUUUCUUUUUUUUAAGGUGUUUAAAAUGUAAGUAGGCCAGAUUUCUAUUGACAUUACUGUUAGUUUGAUUAAAGGGGCAAAACGGAGCCAGCUUGUAAUCCUGUCAACUCUUAAAUCCCCCCCCUGAGAAUGUGCUAAUCAACACAAACAUGUUAGUCCAGUUUGUCCAGUUGGCUUUUUGUGUUAAUGACCAGAUUUUCUCACAAUGAUCUUGUUUUAGGGAGUUGUGGUUUUCUCUGUUGAUUUGAACAAUCACCAGAUCUCCUCAUAUAAACUCUAGGUUUACUCCAGGUGUGGUACAAUGAUAGUCUAACUUAGUUUAAAGAUGUUAACUGUCUUAUCUCUGACUACUGAUAGAAUGUAAUUUCUUUAUUAAACUAGGACAUUGACUUUUGACUUUUUGUGGAUCACUUUGUCAUAUUUUAUUAAAAUAAUGAUAACUAAAGAUAGAAAUAAUACUACUGCUUGAAAGUGCAAUGUAUGUAUGAGUGUGGAUUUUAAUAUCAACAUUUUAAAAUAUCUUUUCCUCAAUAAAGGCAAUUUUCUCUGCA